AUGCGCCAAUUAAUUGAUAAAAUAUCAUUAAAUUUAAAAGUGUUAAGUAACUUAGGGUUGCCAACUGAUAGAUGGGAUGUCUUGAUUAUUCACUUGGUACUUGGUAAGCUGGAUUAUGUCACUACACGUGAUUGGGAGAAUGAAUGUAUCGAUGAUAUUCCGGUAUUGGAUGAUCUACUUGAUUUUCUAAAGCACAAAUGCAACUUGCUAGAAUCAUUACAAUUUGACAAAGGAACUAAAACGACCUUCAAUCAAUUCAUGCCUUUUAAAUCAAAAUUUACGCAACCCCAACGCGCUGUAAAUAAUGCAGCGCUAACAGUACAACCCUCGACUCCGAUUAAAUGCUCCUUUUGUAGCCAAUCUCAUCACAUAUUUUCAUGUGACAAAUUUAAUGAAUUAACCCCCGAAAAUGCGCUACAAGAAGCCAGACGUCUAAGACUUUGCACAAAUUGCUUGCGCGAAGGCCACAACACCAUUAACUGUAGAUCCAAUGGGUGCAAACAUUGCCAACGAAAACAUAAUACGCGUUUCCAUGUUAAUAAACCGAUUUCGCAACCCUCUACUAGUGCCCCAACCCAAGAAUUAAAUCAAACUUCUUGUAAUCAUGUAAGCAGAGCAUUAAAAUCACAUGUAUAUACGUUUUUAUCUACCGCAACUUUAGAAAUUUUAGAUGCUAGGGGGCAAAUCCACGUAUGCAGGGCUUUAUUAGACGCAGGCAGUCAAUCAAAUUUUAUAACAAUUGAACUCGCUAAUAAAUUACAACUUCCCUCUAAUUAUAUCGAUUGGACAAUUAUUGGAAUUAAUCAAAACGUUUCUUCUGCAAAUAGAAUAGUAAAUGUUACUAUAAAAUCAAAAUUUAAUGCUUUCACGACUAAGAUUGACUGCUUAUCUUUAGCAAAAAUUACGGAUCGUUUACCGAAUAUUGAUAUCGACCGAAAUAUUUUUCAAAUCCCAUCUGGUAUUAAACUAGCGGACGAAAAUUUUCACAAAUCGUUACCCGUUGAUAUACUUCUAGGAGCCGAGGUCUUUUGGACUCUUUUAUGUGUGGGACAAAUUAAAAUCAAAAAUCAACCGAUUCUACAGAAAACGCACCUGGGUUGGAUAUUUGGUGGAAACGCAAUAUUACCAAACAUUUCAAAUAAUGAUCGUUCAAAUCGUAGUGUAAGCCAAUUAAAUAUGGAUGUGAUCAAUGACAAUGUUAAACGUUUUUGGGAGAUCGAGGAAAUUAAAGACAGUCAGCCUUGUUACUCACUCAGCGAAAUAGAAUGCGAAAAUCAUUUUUUACAAACAUAUUCACGUAAGUCAGACGGUAGGUUUGUCGUCAGGUUACCGUUUAAGAAAGAUCCCGUAAUGUUAGGUUCGUCAGUUUUUAAUGCUGAAAAAAGGUUUUAUUCUUUGGAAAAACGAUUCAGUAAACACCAUGAUAUAGAAAUUAGAUAUGUAGAUUUUAUAAAUGAAUAUUGUAAAUUAGGCCACAUGAGUUUGGUACCCAGUAAUGUAACUGAUAAGAAUAAUGCAUUCUACCUACCACACCACGCAGUCGUAAAUGAAAAUAAAGUGACAACUAAAUUGCGAGUAGUUUUUGAUGGUAGCGCAAAAACUAAUAACGGACUAAGCCUGAACUCCAUAUUACAUGUGGGUCCUCCUCUUCAGCAAGAACUGUUGUUGAUAUUGUUACGUUUCCGAACGUACCAAUUUGUAAUCUCAUCAGACGUUGAAAAAAUGUUUCGGCAAAUUGAAGUCCACAAAAACGAUCGCAAAUAUCAACGAAUUUUCUGGCGAUCAUCACGUACCCAGCCGUUGCAAACUUACGAAUUAAAUACCGUUACAUACGGAACAGGCCCUGCACCUUACCUUGCCAUGCGUUGUAUAAAACAACUAGGGUUGGAGGCAACUUCGACGCCUUGUGCUCGUAGAGCAAUUCUAGAAGACUUUUAUGUAGACGACUUAUUAACAGGCGCAGAUGAUCUGGAUCAAGCUAUAAAAUUACGUAACGAAAUUGAUCAAAUUCUAAGGGGAGGGUGUUUCAAGUUAACGAAAUGGGCCUCAAAUGAUCCACGAUUAAUACCUGAUACCCAAGCUAACAUAACUAAUGACAUACAAUUGGACAAGCAAAGUGAAACCAAAACGUUAGGUCUGUUAUGGAAUUGUGAAGCAGAUAUCUUAAAGUUUUCUAAUAACUACCAUACUUCAAAUAAUCGAGUAACUAAGCGAGUAAUAUUAUCGAUAAUAUCCAAAAUUUAUGAUCCGUUAGGGUUAGUAGGUCCAGUAAUUGUUACUGUUAAGAUUCUAUUGCAACAUUUAUGGCAACUCCAAGUAGGGUGGGAUGAGUCAGUACCCGCGUUUAUUUUUACCGCGUGGCAACAGUUUUGCAAAGAUUUGCCAAUAAUAGCUACCUAUCAAAUUCCAAGGCGAGUCACAGAAUCACCAAUUACCUCCAAAUUUGAGUUGUAUGGUUUUUGCGAUGCUUCUCAAAAGGCAUAUGGAGCGUGUAUCUAUAUUAAGUCGAUUUCCAAUAACCAGUUAGUUACUAGCCAUUUAAUGUGCUCUAAAUCUCGAAUAGCCCCGGUAAAAACAAUCACUAUCCCCAGAUUAGAAUUAUGUGCGGCACUACUCUUAGCUCGUCUGUUAAAUAAAGUAACUCAGGCAAUAAAUAUUGUAUUUAGCCAAAUAUCGCUGUACACGGACUCGACCAUAGUUUUAGCGUGGUUAAAAACAGAACCCUCUAAGUUAAAGACAUUCGUGGCAAAUCGAGUAACCAAAAUCCAAGACAGUACAUCUAAUGCCGUGUGGAAACACGUUCCCACAAAAGAAAACCCCGCCGACAUAAUUUCCCGCGGUGCCCUCCCGAGCGAGUUAGCUGAACUCCAUAUGUGGUGGCAUGGACCAACAUUUUUACUACUUCCCGAUUCUCAAGGUCCGAGUCAACCCGACGUUACACCAUUAAAAGAUAUACCGGAUUUAAAAGCGAUCCAAAUAACAUGCCUUAUUGCCAACACGAUACCAAAGUUAGAUAUUUUCGAUAAUAUAUCAUCCUUUAAACGUCUCUGUAAUAAAUACGCCAGGCAGAAUUAA